GUGUUUGCUUUGGUAGCUUUGCUUGUUGUGUUUGCGUGGUGUGGGCAAGGCAAGGCUGUGUGCUGCUGCUUGUCGCACGAAAGCACCGUUUCUUGUGCGCUCAACUCUAGCCUUUGCGAUAGUUCGACGCCUCCUAAACGAAUUAUGAUCCGUGUGCGCGUCGUUGAGAAAUGUGAGAGUUGCCGAUACCGUCACGACUAAGCUCCAAGCUGACCUCGCAACUUGUCCGCAGUCCGAGCUCACUCGAGUGUUGUGUGGUUUUUACAUCGCAGCUGGGUCAGCUGAGCCGCAGCCAUGAGCCAAAGCUCGACAUCUCUCAGCAAAUCCAGGUCUAGUGACAAGGCAACGCCCAGCACGGAGGAGCCGAAUCGUGCAGAGUGGCUGGAGAGGUUAGAUGGCGUACACCUUCACCGCACCGACUUGAACCGGCUAGUCAUGGACUACCUGGUCACCGAGGGCUUCAAAGAGGCUGCCGACAAGUUCCGGCUCGAAGCUGGCGUGGUCCCGCCCGUGCCUCUGGACUCUCUGGACGAACGCAUCCGGAUACGAGACUGCCUCCAGGAGGGUCGAGUGCUGGAGGCAGUGGCCCUGCUCAACGGUCUCCGCCCCGAGCUGCUGGACAAUGACCGAUGCCUGCUGUUCCACCUUCGACAGCAACACCUCAUCGAACUCAUCCGCGAGGGGCGCACCGAGGAGGCUCUCGCCUACGCCCAGGACCACCUCAGCGAGUGCGGAGAGGAGAACCCUCAGGUGCUGUCCGAACUGGAGCGAACGCUAGCACUGCUGGCCUUCGAGGAACCGCAGUCGAGUCCGUUCGGCGACCUGCUUCAUCCAUCGCAGCGCCAGAAGGUGGCCAGCGAAGUGAACGCUGCCCUGCUGGAGGAUCAGAGCACCACACGGCCGCAGCUGUCCGUCAUGCUGCGCCUUCUGCUCUGGGCACAGGACCAGCUGGAGCAGCUGCCACCGGGGGCGCCGCGGUUGCGCUACCCGAGAGUCACGCAACUGGCCGACCCGUUCCCCCAACAGUAGUAGUGGCAACAAGAUGCACCGUUCGAAGCUCAUCGUUUUUUGCCCGUGUGGUGGCAUUAACUUCACCGUUCGCCGCGACGAAGGACCCUGCACGCGAGGAUAUAAAGCUGCACUUCAACCCCCUAUCUUCCGCUCCAGCGCAGAAGAAGCACGUGACCUCUGCCGUGCAAUGAUGACCUACACUCCCGCGGAAAGCACUUCUGCUGCGCAAAGUUCUGGCUAUGUCCGAAGAAGUGUUCUUGCUUGAGGGGCGUAUCUGCUAUUCCCGGUGGAUGGGAGGAGUUGGCAGACUUCACUCUUUUUCUUUUGGACAUAAUAAAUGAUUUCACACU